UCAAACCACUCCCCCCAAAUAAACACUACACUUCCCAGACACCCUCAAGGUAUGCGGAAGACAUGACGUGUCAAGAUGUAACCCCCCCAAAAAACAACCAAUGAGAUGAGAGAGUGGACGCGGAGUCGCACGGUGAUUGGACAGUGCAGACGUCAGUUCGGCUCAGUCCGGAACACUCGACGCUGUAGGUGGACGUCAGUAAUCUGAGUUUCAUGGUGGAUUAAUGCUCGAUGUAAACCGCCCCCCUCAUGCUGCUGCCCUCACCGGCCUGUUAUGGUCGUCUUUUCCGGUUAAGAAGCAUUACCGGUGCGCUGCGUUUCUCAGCGAGUCCGCGCUGCCGCCUCACACCGACAUUUCCCGACCGCCGUCCGCUGCUCCUCGCCCGAAAACUCACGAUGCUGUCGAGUGCAGACGCGAAAACCACCCGCGGCGGUCGCGACGAGCCGGGGCAGGGCCCGGAGCUCUGCGGCAACAUCCCGUCCAUCACCACGGAAGACACGGGUCCUCCGCUGGAGAAGAGAAGGGUGGAGACCAACCUCGUGGUUGACGAGAGAAACUUGAAGACCCCGAGUCCUCUAUUCGACGCCAACGGGGACGAUGACUCCGAGGCAGAGUCGUACCGGGACGGGAGAACCGAGGAGGUGGACCGAGACACAAGGAGCAGCGCGUUUGCCUGGUGCCGGGACUUCUUGUCUGGGUCGUGGAAGACGAUCCCAGAGGAGGAUUUUCAGAUCAGCAUCGUCAGUGGUGGACUGAGUAAUCUGCUGUAUCUGUGUAGUUUGCCUGAGCAUGUGCACUCUGUGGGAGAGGAGCCUCGCCAGGUGCUCCUCAGGAUCUACGGUGCCAUCUUACAGGGAGUGGACUCUCUGGUGUUGGAGAGUGUGAUGUUUGCCAUCCUGGCAGAACGGACUCUGGGGCCAAAACUUUAUGGCAUCUUCCCUGAGGGACGCUUGGAACAAUACCUUCCAAAUACCCGCAUGCGCACAGAACAACUUUCAGAUCCUGCCGUCUCAGCUGAGCUCGCAAUCAAGGUGGCACGUUUCCACGAGAUGGUGAUGCCCUUUAACAAAGAGCCUAAGUGGCUGUUUGGGACCAUUGACAAAUACGUGGAUCAAGUGAUGAAGCUUAAAUUUGUCCGGGAAGCACAUGUGAAGAAAUUCAAGAGGCUGAUGAAGUUUGACCUGCCUGCUGAGCUACAGAGCCUCCGUGAACUGCUCUCAGCGACACCCUCACCAGUGGUGUUUUGCCACAAUGACGUCCAGGAAGGAAACAUUCUUAUACUGGACGACAGCGGCCAGUCCUCAACAGAAAGACUCAUGCUGAUAGACUUUGAGUACAGCAGCUACAAUUACAGGGGUUUUGACUUUGGGAACCAUUUCUGUGAGUGGAUGUAUGAUUACACCUACAACCAGUGGCCUUUCUACAAAGCUUCACCGGAGAACUACCCCACCAGAGAGCAGCAGCUUCAUUUUAUAAGAAAUUAUUUGUUAGAACGAGGAAAAUAUUCAGACAUUCCUGAGGACCAGACGAAGAUCGAAGAGGACAUGAUUAUUGAAGCAAACAGGUAUGCAUUAGCUUCGCACUUCCUCUGGGGCCUGUGGUCCAUCAUUCAAGCCAAGAUAUCCAAGAUCGAGUUUGGAUACAUGGACUAUGCCCAGUGUCGUUUUGAUGCCUACUUCAAGCAAAAAAAGCUCUUCUCCUAAAUUCUACCAAGUUGGGAUAUUUUUUCAGCGAUGCGUUAUUGAAACUCCAGCUCUAUGCACCUCUGCUCAUGACAAGUAAUGUUUUUUGAAAAGUAGAAAUUUGCAUUUGAAGAUGUGUGCAUGAGCACAAUUAAAGCUUUCAGGCAAUACAAUUUCUCAAGGUACGUGUCUCUCCACACAGUGGAAUGUUGUUAAAGCAGAUUUAGCUCUGUAGCUCUGAAUGCUGUGAUCCAUGUAAUGUUCUGAUAUUUUGUUUUAUCAUGUUGAGAUGCACUUAACAUUUCUGGACCAUAUUUUUGACAUCAAUAAUUGUUUAGCUGCGCUGUCUUUGCAUGCCAGCGAUGGACAAUCCUUGUAGCCAGAGAAUUCAUGUCUCUUCAUUCAGACUGUGACUCUUACUGUAUCAGUCAUUUUGUUUUAUUUCACUUGUAGAAAAGAGUUCAGCAUGGAAGGCUUUUGUUGCUUUAGUGUUUUUAUUCAUUCCACCUCACCUCUCUCUUCUGAUGUUCAUUUUGUAUUGCAUAGGUAGAUUCCAUGAAUGCAGGUUGUGAGGGAAGAAGCCAAGUAAAUAUUCUCACCUGCAGCUCCAAACUAUCUCAUGUGUUUUUACUGCAGAGCAGAAGAAGUGAAAAUGUGAGCACCAAUCUUUGCAGUUAUUUUAAAAGUUGACCUACAUUGUUAACUUUUCACGGGACUAUUUUAUACAUUAUCAUUAGUAAACAAUACUUACAGUGAGAUUAUGCAUCACAACAGUUAUAAGAUGGGACGCAUUUGAUAUUGGAUCUUGUCACUACUUUGGAUGUAAGUUAAUGACUACAUUUCUGCUGCUCCUUUAAUUGUCAGCCCAUGUUUGAUUCA